AUGGGGGCCUCUGACAAUAUGGAUACUAAAACGCCCCCGGUUUCAACAUCUGCCGAAGUGAAAAACGUGCAGGAAAAAUAUGCCGAUGUCACUCUACGUCUACUCGAGGAUCAUGGCGAUGAUUUCGGACGACUGACACCAGACAAUGAGAAAAAGCUUCGGAGAAAGCUAUACUUUCAUAUUAUAUUCUUGCUCUCGGUCAUCAAUAUCAUGUUAUUCAUUGAUAAAUCCACACUUGGAUAUGCUGCAAUUCUUGGGAUUUUUGAAGAGACGGGUAUAUCAAAGGCCCAGUACAAUAAUCUCAACACAUUUUUCUAUGUUGGAUACCUCGUGGGUCAGGUGCCUGGGCAUUACCUCCUACAGCGACUCCCAUUUGGCAAAUUUGUGAGCGGAAUCAUAUUUUCCUGGGGAACUGUCAUCUUGCUUCACUGCGUUGCCACUAAAUAUGCCGGUCUGGUGGUUUUGCGACUGGCUCUUGGUGCUACAGAAGCAGUGAUCGUCCCCGCGCUCGAAAUCACUAUAGGUAUGUUCUUCAAUCGCCAAGAACAAUCAUUUUUACAGCCUAUUCUAUGGAUUACCUGUGUCGGUGCCCCGAUUCCUGCCGGUUUUAUCUCAUAUGGUCUGCUAUUCAGUCAAGGGGCUAUUCUUCCGUGGAAGCUAUUCAUGAUCGUCAUCGGGGGGCUAACAAUUUUGCUUUCUAUUUGGGUGUGGUUUGGGUAUCCUAGCAACCCAACCGAGGCUUGGUUCUUAUCUCUCGAAGAGAAAGUGCAGGUCAUUCGCCGAGUGCACGAAUCGCAUCAAAGCUCCAUCGAGCAGAAACAGUUCAAAAGCUCCCAAUUUAUGGAGACGAUGAAGGACUCUGUCUCAUGGCUUUUUGCAUUGCAAGCAUUUACCCUGAUGUAUUGUAACAAUCUGACCUACGGUCAGCAGAAUCUCCUCAUAACCUCACUCGGGGUAUCAAAUCUAGGAUCCACACUCGUUGCCGCAGCAGGCGGAGGAUUCGGUGUUCUUCUUUGCAUUGUCGCCACCUUCGCGUUGAAACGUUUCCCCAAAUAUCUAGCCGUGCAUAGCUUGGUCUGGUGUGGCUUAGCAUUGAUCGGAGGCAUAUGCAUGGUGACAAUUGCUUGGGAUCAAAAGCUCGCAUUGCUUGCCUGCAUGCUUCUCGCCGAAAACACAUACUCUAUCACGUAUAUCAUUGCGCUCGGGUGGGCAACUUCUUCUGCCGCGGGAUAUACCAAGAAGCUCACACGGAAUGGAAUGUUCAUGAUCGGAUACAGUGUGGGAAAUCUUGUUUCGCCGCAGAUUUGGGUACCCAGCGCAGCUCCAAGGUAUUAUGGUGCGUGGAUCUCGAUGAUUGUGGUCAGUUGGGCAGGAACACCUGCGAUUCUCGGUGUGAUCCAUUUUAUUCUGAAAAGAAGAAAUACGCAACGAAAGGAGUGGAUUGCUGAGUUGGGUGAAGACGAGCGAGAGGGCUGCAUCGAGCAAGUGGAUGAAACCGGUGCAGUUACAAGAAAGAAGGUCAAUCUGGCGGUGCUGGACUUGACUGAUUUGGAAAAUAAACUAUUCUUGUAUCCCUACUGA